UCUUGGAUUUUCUCAGAAAGGCAAUUUAAAAAAGAUUAUUCUAAAUACCUCUUUGAUAAAAAAAGUCUCUUUUCGUUUCUUCUAAUCCAGCAUCAUUUUUUUUCGGCUUGAACACUUCCAAAGUUAUUUUUCUCCUAGUAACAAUUUAAAAAUGGAAACGGAUAAGUCUUACGAAAGUUAGGUAGGUAUUGGUUAAAGCUUAGCAAAUAGAAAUUUUACGAAAUCGACUUGAACCCACGUUGAGAUUGGUGAAUGGCUUAUGAGCGUUAACGUUUAGAGAAAAUGGAGGAGACUCCUCUCAUGAUUAAUUUUCCACAAGUUGCUAAUGUAAACUGCGUUAUUUAGAAUGAUCCUUCUUGGCUUUAAAUUUGAUAUAUUUCUUGUAAGGCAUCCUAAGUAAUUUCAAGACAGUUUCAAUUUGGUUAAUCAUCAACAUCACUUCACGUUCACGUAAAUUCGUUCUAUCAAAUGCGGUUUGUCCUUAUUUAUUUAGCCACAAACGGAACAACACUCGCUUUGAGUUGAUACACGAUAAAGUGGUAAACCCGUGAAGUUACAGCAUGGGCGUAGAGUGGGACAAGGGCGGCAGCAGCCCCCGCUGAGUCAUGCAGCGGCUGAGGACCACAUUUAAACGGUCCCGAACUCCGACUGGCGCUGAAAUGAAGACUCAAAGCAGUCUGGAGGUGCCCAAGCAGGUGCGCUCUGCCUCUUUCGACGAGAUUCAGUUGGAGGCGAAGCGACUGCAAUCGGGGGGUCAAUCGACCGACCCCUCGGCGCUUCUCAGAGUGCCCCAGUUCCCCGGACAGCGUUCGAGGAGUGUCGAUUCGGGGGGUAGUGAAGAAUCCGGCAAUUUCCUCGAAGUACCGGCACGACGCUUUCAACGGCGACGCUCUUCAAGCAGCAAAAGUCCGGUGUGUGUACAUUGCGUUUGCUUGGAGGAGUAUGCCAAAUUACAUCCGGCGGAAGAACAACCACCGGAACCGCCGGACGAAUUGCCGCCACCCACUUCCAGCAUCAGCGAUUCCUCCAGCGAAUGCGAAGAAGAGGUUCUCCCAGAAUGCGCCAUCACGGUCACCCUUUCACCAAUGCUACCUUCUCCACCUAUCCAAUCUCCACCACCGCUUCCAGCAUCUCCGGUCAUCGAGUUUUUUCCAACUGAAGAUGUCCAAACACCGACCACGCCGACAAGGCGGAAAUCGAUUCAUCGUCAAGAAGCGUUUUUUGCCGAACCAACUGGAACUUCUUUGGAGAAUAUGUCAGAUGGUCCGUCUGAAUUAUGUUCAGAAGGGACAUCAGAAGGAGCAUUGUCUGAAGGCGAUGCUAUUAACACCACCAUACCGGGCUUGGUAGUCCGUGAUAUUUAUUUGCAAGUCCCUGAUUUAAAAAGAGAUAGAGCAGCUUCUGUGGAUUCGUGCUUUUCGAAAGUUUCGCAAGGAAAAACAGAGGAGUUACAACAUUCUGGGGUUAGUUUGGAAGUACCAGUGGGGCCAAAUGUGGCUUUGCGCUCGAGAUCGGUGGAUAUUGUAUUGCCAACAGAUGAACAUGCUAGAUACAAGGCGCUGGCAAUGGCCGCAGCGCCUGGGACUUCGUCGUCUUAUUAUAAGGGAAAAGUUGUCGGCGAUGUUGGAGAAAGAAUCCUCCGGAGUACUCCGGAUUGGGGCGAGACUGCAAUCAAUGGUGAUCAUUUAUGGGUUCCCACAUCGGUCUCAGGCGAUUUUUGCUACAUCGGAGAUAUAGAUUGCACGAAACACGGAGCCCGGAUGAAGUGUUCUGCUUGUAACGUGGUCGCCCACCAAAAUUGCAUAGGGAUCUUGAUGGAUAAGAUGCGAUUUACAUGCAAGCCUACGUUCCGUGACGUGGGAGUAAGACAGUACAGAGAACAGACCUCCAUCCAUCACCAUUGGGUCCACCGACGGUCAGAGAAGGGUAAAUGUCGACAAUGCGGCAAGUCAUUCCAGUCGAAAUUAUCGUUUAGUUCCAAAGAAAUAGUCGCAAUUAGUUGUUCGUGGUGUAAGGCUGCUUAUCACAAUAAGGACACCUGCUUUAAUAUGCAACGAAUAGGAGAGGAGUGUAACUUAGGUGUACAUCGCAGUAUUGUGGUUCCUCCGUCGUGGAUAGUGAAACUGCCCCGUAAAGGAAGUUUCAAAUCAAGUCUGAGAAAAUCUCCCAAGAAAAGGGCUUCCAGCAAGAAAAAAACUAAGGAAAAGGAUAAAGAGCAUAGAACAUUCGCCAUCAAGCCCAUCCCUUCGACUAACGUAACUCCAGUUAUAGUGUUUAUCAAUCCCAAAUCUGGAGGCAACCAAGGAUCAAAGUUGCUCCAGAAAUUCCAGUGGUUGUUGAAUCCUCGACAGGUCUUUGACUUGACACAGGGCGGGCCCAAAAUGGGUCUCGAACUGUUCAAGAAAGUACCUAAUCUACGAGUUCUUGCUUGCGGCGGGGAUGGAACCGUUGGUUGGGUUUUAAGUGUUAUCGACCAAAUCGGAAUCUCUCCUGCUCCGGCAGUCGGUGUUCUUCCUCUUGGAACAGGAAAUGAUCUGGCCAGGGCGCUCGGAUGGGGUGGGGGUUAUACGGAUGAACCAAUAUCGAAAAUCCUGUCCAAUAUUAGCGCUAGCGAGACUGUGUUAUUAGAUAGGUGGUCUUUAGAGGUUGAGAAGAAUCCAAAUGCUGAAGCUAACGAAGGCGGCAAAGAUAAUUUACCUCUCAACGUUGUAAAUAAUUAUUAUUCAUUAGGUGUCGAUGCUCAUAUUGCCUUAGAAUUCCACGAAGCUCGAGAAGCUCAUCCCGAAAAAUUCAAUUCUAGAUUAAGAAACAAAAUGUUUUAUGGCCAGAUGGGGGGUAAAGAUUUGCUCAAGAGAAAAUGGAAGGGUUUAGCUGAUUUCGUCACGUUAGAAUGCGACGGCAAGGAUCUAACACCUAAAUUGAAAGAGCUUAAAGUACACGCAAUAGUCUUCUUAAACAUUCCAAGUUAUGGUGGAGGAACAAGACCUUGGAACAGAUCCAUGGGCACUUGUGAACCAAGCACUGACGAUGGUCUGAUUGAAGUCGUCGGUUUGACAACAUAUCAGCUUCCUUUACUCCAAGCUGGAGGCCAUGGUACUUGCAUAACUCAGUGCAGAUCGGCGAAAAUAGUUACAUCCAAAACAAUACCCAUGCAAGUAGAUGGAGAAGCUUGUAAAUUAAACCCUUCGAUUUUAAAUCUUUCACUUUUAAAUAAAGCUCCAAUGUUAGCAAAGCGAAAAUGUGGUAAACCCAACGUACCGCAAACUGCUCUCGACAAUCUGAAAAUUUGUGUUCAUAGAAUUAGCAUGGCUGACUAUGAACAGCACCAUUAUGACAAGGAUCUAUUAGCUCAAGCGGCAAUAAGCGUUGGCACAAUCGAAGUUAAUCCGGUUUGGGAUUUGGAACAAGUGAGGGCAUUAAUUAACAAAUUUAUCGAAGACUGCAAAGAUCAACAAAAAAUCUACCCCGAGUGGUGUUUUUUAGACUCAUGUACUGCUGAACGGUUUUUCCGAAUUGACAAAGCCCAAGAAAACCUUCAUUACGUGUUGGAUAUAGCGGUCGAUAACUUAUACAUUUUGGAAUGCGGAGGUGGAACCGUUCCUCAAACUCCCGAAGACGAAACAGCCACACCGUCACCGAGUUCUAUUAAUCAAACAUCGUACAUUAUUCCAGAAAUGCGAGUUAGUGAUGAAGGCAGCUUGGAUUCGCCGAGCGAUCAACCACCGAUGAGUCCAAAAAUCCUGCAAUCUCCGGAAGAAUUUCCCGGCGAGACAAUUGCGGAAGAGAACCGCAAUGGCGACAAGCAAUUAGCGCGUAUUUCCCCUGACGCUAGCGUGAAAAUAAGAAGCAUCACUGAGAGACUAUUUGGUUUAUCUCAAGAAUCUUACAGUGUCUAUAGGGACUUGCCACAAAAGCCGAACGAAGCGCUCUUAAAAGCAGCCAAAGUGGGAGACUUAAAAACAGUCAAAGAAUUGCACAGUCAAGGCUACUCUCUACUUACCAAAGAUCCUGCUGGACAAACAAUGUUGCAUUACGCGUCUCGGUAUGGUCACAAAGAUAUUGUUAAAUACUUACUCCAACAUGCUCCUCCUUCAAUUCUGAAUCUCAAAGAUGUAAACUUAGGACAAACGGCGCUUCAUAAAGCAGCAGCGUAUAAGUGGCGUAGUAUUUGCUGUAUGUUGGUCGCCGGAGGCGCAGCUCUGGAUAUUACAGAUCGUCGAGGUUUAACUCCGAGAUUAUUAGCGUUACAAUCCGACGAUCAUGAUUUGGCUGCCUAUCUUGAAAGUCAAGAACACUUUCAGUUGGUGUCUUCGAGUUUAGGGACUGUUGUAUGAAAAGAGCAAUAAACAUGUAUUGUUUCGGUAUUGUAUUAAAUUUUCCUGUCAAUGGUUUUUCUAAAAUUGCCUUACUAUUUGUAUUCAAAAUUGCUAAUGUAUGAUUGUACCUAAAAUACUACAAAUGUGAUAAUACUAAAGUUAAGCUUUUUUUAUUAUUUUUCUAUUUAUUUAUUUUAUUAGCUAUAGUAAUUCUGUUUGAGUUUUAAUUUGUGUCCCUUGUAAAAGUCUCAUAUUUUUUCACUAGAGGAUUUAGAUAAUAUUAAGGUAUUCUUCCAAAUAAGGAGAACAAUCAUAAAGUAUUGUAAAUAAUUGAUAUAUGUUUUGAAUUUAUUAAAAAAAACAUAUCAUUCAUGACAUUCCUGUAAAUUUUUAUAGAAGUAAGUGUGUUAAAUAAGUUUUGUUGUUUACUUUUAUUUGUUGAAUUAUUUGCUUGAAGAAAUUCGAACACAGGGCAAUAAAUUAGAUUCGAUGUGUCUAGUAUAUUAUUAUCCAUAAAUGUUAUACUCUUUUUAUUAUAUUGUUACGUUUUACGGUAGAUAGAACGCAACAUAUAAACUAUAAAUGGCACGUUUCUCAAAAACACAAAUCCGUAAUCUUCAGUUUGAAUUUUGCAACAAUGCAUAAUUGAAAACUUACUUUGAGAAGCAUGCCCACAUUUUGUAUAUAAGUACUGCAACGAAUUUCAAUAUUUCCCGAAAAGACAAUCUGUAAAUGUUUGAAAUAAAAUAAUUGUUGUAAGUGCUAUUCAUGUAUUAUAAUAGUUGUAUACAUUUUUGUCUCUUUGAAAAUUUUAUUAUUCGAUUUUUGAACUGCAUUAAGCAUCUAGGAUUUGAAAUAUUAACAGUAAUAGUUUGUAAAUAUGUAGGGAUUAAGCAUCACUCUAUAGAUAAACUAGUCUUGUAGUGAUUCAAUUGCAGAAAUUUUUAUAAAGUACUUUCAGCAAAACUGAAAGUAAUUCUUAUAAUUAUGCAACUUUGUUAUAACUGCUAUAAAAAAAUUAAACAAAAUUCCUUUGACAUAUAACUUUUUACAAAUUUCUGCAAUGACAAUUAAAUCAAUGCCUUAUAAAUUUUGAGUUUUUUAACAGAAUAGUCAAUUCUAGCUAUAAAUUGGAACAUAAUUUA